AUGAACUCGAGAUUCUUCUCAAGCUCAGGGACGUCCGCCGCCGCCGACGCGGCCGCCGCAGCUGCUGCCGCUCCCGGAGCGGCGGCGGGGGCGGCGGCGUUGGCCGAGGGCGGUAGCUCAACUCCGCCCACCGACCCUCCUUACUCUGCUGCCGCGCGAAGCCCGGAAGCGGCGGGCAGAAGAAAAGCUAGGUCAGGGCUGGAGGUCGACGGGGCGCACAUGCGGAGGGCGCUGGAGCUGGCGGCGAAGGGUCUGGGCCACACGCGGCCGAACCCCGCGGUGGGGUGCGUUAUCCUAGACAAGGAGGGGAGCGUGGUCGGGGAAGGAUUUCACCCCAGGGCCGGAGAGCCCCACGCGGAGGUGUGGGCUAUCCGUCAGGCCGGCGAGCGAGCACGGGGAGGCACGGCGUACGUAUCGCUGGAACCGUGCAACCACUUCGGCCGCACGCCUCCCUGCACGACGGCACUCCUCGAGUGCGGGGUAGCAAGAGUUGUGGCGGGUAUGGUGGACCCAGACCCCCGCACAGCCGGGAGCGGGCUGCGACGCUUGGCGGAUGCGGGCAUCGACGUUUCGGUCGGGGUGGAGGGAGCCGCUUGCCAUGCCCUCAACUCGGCCUUCGUGCACCGCGUAUCGCACAAGUCCUGCUACGGCGUACUGCAUUGCUGCUUGGACGGGGCGUGCUCAAGGUCGAUCCCACAAUCGGGCUCGCGGGCAGGGGUGGGAGGCCUCCAGGACACGGCAAGAGAGAAUGAUCUCGCGGUACCCCCGGGUGGCAGGAACUUCGAGGAGUACGACGCCAUUGUGGUGGAGGGUCGGUCUGGAGUUGCCAAACUAGAGGCCUGCAAUUCAGCGCUGCCUCCAACGGCUCUGCGGGUGGUGAUCGUUGGUGCUGGUUCGGACGAGGGUUUGGAAAUUGAGCUGGCAGGGGUGCUGGAGAGCCGGCUGCUGGAAGAGUCGCCGGAGCGCACCGUCGUCUUCAUGCCGGCCACCGCAGGCCAGGACGGGGAUGGCUCUCUGACUGGCUCGGUGAGAGCAUCUUUGAUGUCGCGAGGGAUCGCCGUGGUAGACUUUCGAACACCCGACACUCCGACACCUCCAGCCUCGUCUCUGGACGAGGAGAGACCAGAGACGGCGACCGCGGCGGCAACUAUGGCGGCGGCGGCGGGGGCCGUGUCUCGGGAGCUAUUCAGAAGAGGCAUGCUGUCGGCCGCGUGGGAGGUCGGCCCGGCGAUGGCGGCAGUCGUUUUGCGGGCGGGGCACGUUCAGAGGGCGUUGAUCCGCAGAAGGCGAAUACCUGGGGGUGGCGGGGCGGACGCAGAGGGUACUUUUGCUAAUGCUCCUGCGGCGGAGGCGGCAGUGGCGGCGGCGAGAGUCGGUGCCCAUGUUGGCCCGAACGAGUUGGUGUCUGGUAGUGGCAAGGGGGUGGCUGGGGGUAGUGUCAAGGAGGAGGAGGAAGAGGAGGAGGAGGAAGAGGAGGAAGUCUUGAGAGUCAUGAGGCGACUUUCUGGUAGAGAGGGGGUGCGAGUGAGGCGGGGAGGGGGAAUAUUUCCGUGGGGGCCCGACGCGGAGUCCUGCAUCGAGGUGCUGCUCCCUACCACUCCGUUGAAACCCCCAGCAUCGGCGUAG